AACCCUUAAAACUAAAUCACACUCCUAAUACUAUUCGAAAAUGCAUUAACGUUCUUACUAUUGAUUGCCCGAAAUUCGCAGAGUUACAAUGUAAUUUCGAAAACUACGACUUGAUCGGAUCACUAGUGACAAAAUUAGUUCGCACCGAGUUCAUCGAAUGCAAUCGAACGGUUCGAGUAGCUCGAUCGAGAGUGAAAGUACAUUCUCCUAACGAGUUGAAAAACAGUGAUAAGGUAUGAAACUUAUAGACGUCGUGUUUCAUCAGAAUUACGAGGGCGGCAAGGGUUCGCCCAGCUCGGAAAUGGAGCAGGCGGUGUUGGGUGUAUUGCGGGCGACCAAGGACCUACGCCAGCAGCUCAGCGCGACGACGAUGGAACAAGCGGGCGAUCUUGGCCAAGUGACAAAAGCCGGCCAGGAACUCGUGUCAACGAUCAGGAAUCUCGCGCUGGCCAAUGACAUCGAUCGUCUGCAGGAGAGCAGCGACAAGUUUCACGAGUACAUCGAGCACAUUCUCGAAGUAUGCAAACUUCUGAGACACGUUGCGCUUUCGGAGUCGCUGCAAGUGUCGGCGAAGUUCACGGAGAUCAAUCUGAGAAUAUACGGUCCCCAGGUCGUAACAGCCGCGCACACGCUAGCUAGGCAUCCCACCAGCAAAAUAGCCAAGGAAAAUCUCGAAGUAUUUGCCGAUAUGUGGCAGUGGCUGAUGACCGACGUGACGACGGUGGCAAAAGAUGUUCUGGAACUCAGCCAGAGUCGGCCGGAGAAGCAAGUUUACAUGUCUCUGCCGCGGCCAGGGAAACACGGCACGACGAGUAAGCCGCUGAAACCGGUGCGACUGGACAGCGAGGAACAGGCGAAGAUUGCCAAGGCUGGCUUCGAGAUGAAGCUGAUCACGUCAGAGAUGGACGCCGAAACGGAAAAGUGGCAGGAAAGCGGGAGCGCGCUGGAGGAGAACAACGACAUCGUGAAGCGGGCAAAGAACAUGUCCUCGAUGGCGUUCUCGAUGUACCAGUUCACACGCGGCGAGGGCGCCCUGAAGACCACCCAGGAUCUGUUCACCCAAGCUGAGUAUUUUGCCGAGGAGGCGAACAGAUUGUACAAGGUUGUGAGACAAUUCAGUUACCAGGUACGUGCCGGCCGGCUGACGUGCCGACGUAGAUCGAAAGAGAGAUGACACACAUUUCUUUAAUUGGACUGAUGUUGAUAUACUAUAUAUAUGUAUAUACAGGGUGUCCCGGGUUUUAACCGACAAACUGCGGGAGCA